GCAUUUGAUGGUAAUGUGUGCUUGUUCUGUGUUCAGAAGAAUCAAAACAAAAUACACAAUAAUUGCAAAGCCUGGUCACCUUGGCAUUGAGUAGUUGAAAAUUGUUUCCUGCAUUUCUGAUUCUUUCUCCGUAACAAACAACCGCUCUGUGUUGGGGUGGUAGAUGUAAUAAAAUCUUUAUCAGCCAGACUAACUCGGAUGGGCCUACGUGUUUGACUUGAUGAUUGUUUGAUGUGUGUAAUCAUAUUCCAAUAAAGUUUUCUGUUUAUCAAAAGAACCGAUUGCUUCGUAUUUGGCGCGAUAGCCAUUCUCUCGGCUGACAGAUAUUUUCAUCUCAGCAGUUUAGGUCGAAGUGCCUUGCAGGUCGACCGUCUUCAAGCUUCUUUCUGUAGGGCAGAAACGGUCUGCACCUGAACAAGGGUACAUCGUUAAUCCUAUAACGAAUUUUCGGUAGAGCGAGCGUUUGAACUGUAUCAGUAUCAGUAUCAGUAUCAGUACAUCCUUAUCAUCAUCACUUGAGUAAUUUAUUUUAGUCAGCGUUAAUGCCUCAAUGCACAAGCUUUCUCUCGCUUGAAGCUCGAGUGCCUUGAGAAGAUUUGAGCAAAUAAACAGUUGUGUAUAUUCAAAAGAUUAACUUUAGAAAAAAGAAACGCCUGAAAAUUGUGUCUCAUGUGCUGAACGAACCAGGUACCAGUCUAACCACCAUGGGAGUUCACGAGCCUCAUCCGUGUUGAGAUAUACUGCUGGUAUUAUUCAUUUAACGUUCACGAUUUCGAUGAGACAGUUAUUGAUGUAAUUCUGUUGAAGUGCUGGCCAAAAUAACGUGAAUCAAGCAAGUUCGAACAGAAGCUAAAACAUGGCGAAAAAUCAACGAAACAAACAUGCCGUCCAUGUGGAUCAUGUCGCCUAUUAUCACACUUAUAAGUACAACUCGCUGCAAAGACUCAACAAAAUCAAAAGCAUGCACGGAGUUAAACGCGUUAUAGCAUUCUGCAUACUGACUGCUGUAUUACCAGCCUCACUCAUCAUACUUCCGCUGUAUCUACGGCAUACUGUAUUUGCCGAUGUGAUUUAUCCUAUCGCUGAGUCAGAUAUCAUUGAGAUACGGGAUGGCAUAUCUUCAGUGUUCUGCCAGCGUCACGUCCUACAAAUGAACACUAGCUUUAAUGCAUUCCAGCUGAAUCAGAAACCAGAAAUCUCUAAGAAUAGGAAACAUAUUCGUCUGAAGAAGUCCAUGUCCUUGCCUGACGAUACCUUGGAAUAUUGGGGAUUUUAUCUCUUAAAAGGAGCGACGGUUGCUUUGAAAGUGUGCUCGCGGUACGAUGGCUCCAGGAUAUUGGUCGUUAAAGGAGAGAGAAAUCUUAGGACAUGUGGACUGCUUGAACACAAUAAGAACAAAGUGGGUACCCACUACAAUACCGAACAUAUACAGGUGAAGGUGACAUUCGAAUCUGCUGCCGAAAUAGUUGAAUCGUCUGGAAUUACGAGCAAUAAAUCUGGUCGAUAUGUGCCACCGGAUGAAGGAAAUCAUGGUGGAGAAGAUCUGACCGAAGAAGACAUGGCUGCUGCUGAGAGUGUAGACCGAUUUGGAAGAACAAACUCAAACGUAAUUACGAAAUCAACAAAACAAUGGAAACAUACCUCAGAAUCGAAAAACUCAUUAGACUCAAGACAACAGAAAGCAAAUACCAACAGUAAUGGGGACAGUGGCUUUGUCGCUUCUGCCAGGCCACUGACUACACGUAAGCAUACUCAAACACCAAGUACAUCGGAAGCACCAAAUACCUUGCGAUUAUCCAAAGAGAAUGAUCAUAGUCACAAACAUAACCAUAACUAUAAGGAUGAUAAGGAAGAGGUUUCUGCAUCAAAUCAAGAUCAACCGAAUCAUCGGAAAAGACGCCAUCAUCAUGGUAAGCACAGUCACCAUGAUAAGACCGAUAGAGAAAAGGCUAUUUUACAAGAAUCUCUGAGUGGAGUUGAUUUGGCGAUGGAAAACGUUGGCACUCGAGCUAAGCGUGAUACUGUUUACGAUCGUAGAAUCAAUCACGGUGGUAAUGCCAUGAAUUUUUCUAACAAUAACUCAGACUCAGAGUCCAGCUUUGAGAAUAGUUUACUCACAUGCUAUGAUGGUGAUAUUCUUGUAGCUCAGAGUUUCCCUCCAAGCCACUUGUGUAAGGAUGUGCAAUAUCUAGAGAAUGGUGUCCACAUGGUAACAAAGCACGAGGUUGCAACCGACGGAUAUUAUUACUAUAUUUUCUACAGCGACAACGAUUAUGUACAGAAUGACAUUCACGCCGUAUUUGACAUCUACAAACCUACCUUCCAGUACUCCAAUAUAUCGGAAUCGAAGGGAUGCGUUAAUAGUACAAACUGCUCAUUUCCCAUUAGUUUCUGGUCUGACGACCGGGUGAUAGUAGAGGUGCCAACUAGAGAUGGAAUAGAACACGAAGAGGAUGACAUAACUUUUCUAAUAUCGACAUGCCAACCGCGGAUGGCCAUCUACAUAAUAUUCCCAAUAUCCGUUCUGUUCCUUGUGUUGACGUGCGCUUUCCUGUAAAGAUCAAUGCUGUAAUGUGAACAUUUUAUAUCUCUUUUUUGACGAUAACCUUGUUUAAAAAUUUGAAGAGCAAGUUAAAUUGUUUUUUUUUUUUAUAUUUCGUUAUAAUGCUAUUGCAUCAACUGAUUAAAAGUUUUUUAAAGUAUCUUAAUGAACUUCCUGCUUCUGGUUUUAUCACAGGACUGGCAAUGAAUAAGCCCUAAUUCGAUGUUUGGUCAAUGGUUAUAUGGAUUGUCGCAGCAACAUAAAAAAGUUAACUCUCUCCUUCCCAUGAUAGGUAGCACAGGUGAUCCACAUCUUUUCGGUCAGUCUCAUGUUUGUCAAUGUACCCUACGUGACUGUCAGUACUUAUUUAAGCUUGUCCGCGUGUUCAUUAUUCUCGUCCAUAUGUAUUCUAGAGGAUUCAACACAUGUCAGAGUUGGAUAACUCAUUUUAACUAUCACCUAUAUGCUCGUUUACGUUCGAAAUGUAUUUUCCUUAUAAAAAAAAGUGUUUGUAUGAAAAACACGUUUCAAAUGUAAACGAUAAUAUGAGUGAAUAACUCAUUUUCUGAGUUCGCUUGUUUCGUUCUUUGACAGCAAUAUUGUUCAACCAAAAAGAGAAGCCAACGCUAAACUCCACUAUUUUAUCCAAAUGAAGAUGGUGAGGUUUGGACACGACAGGCCAGUGUAAAGUACUUAAGGAUUACAAAUAGAUGUAACUGCCUUUCUUCAUUGUUUUCAAUAGUCGAAUAUUCUUAAGGUGGAACCCCAUUUAGCAUAAAAUUGUUUGGCAUAAUGUUUUUUUUUUAAAUAGCCAUUUUGAAUAAUGGUCAAUUGGCUCCCGAACCCCCGAAAAACAUCCAAAUUAAAAAGUGGAUCAUUUGACAUAAUUGCCAUUAGGCAUAAUGGUCAUUUGGCAUAAUAGAGAUGGAGACCGUAGUUAGCACGUUUGACUGUGGUGGGCUAAUUUCACUUGAGCUGCAUAACACGCGACGGGCGUUCGCUCUAUAACCAUCAAUCUGCUGUACCUAAUAUCGUACAUAACCAACAGAAUGACUGAACGAUGAAGUAUAAUAAGAAUAAUAAUAAUAAAUUCCUGAUGAUGUUAUAAGUUUGCAUGGGUAAGCUAACAGUUACGACAAAUCGGCGAUGGAAGUCAUUAUUUACAAAAACAAUUUACGUCUAUUUCAAAAUUGCUGAUGGUUUAAUUUACUGCUAUAUGGUGAAAAAAGAAACCAUUUAAAAGCGGGUCUUAAAACACGUAAUUCGCAACAUUACAGCGAAAAGUUUGAUGAUUUGAAUAUACGAAAAAAGUGUGGAUGCAAAUUCCUUUACCAGCUACCCUCAUAUUUUUAAAUAUAUAUUCCAGACUUCCUCCACAUUAAACAUGUCCAGCACUUAGUUAUUAUCAAACAAAAAAAAACAAGAAAUUUGUUACAAGCAUGCGAAAUAAAACCAUGUUUGUAUUGAUUUUGCUCCUUAAGCAAGUUCUGUUUUUUUUUAUUCGUUUGUAGUUACCAAAGUAAUGUUAUGGACAUUUCUAAUAAGAACUGUGCAUCAUUAUAUUAUUUGGGCAUUUAAUUAACUAGAAGACAAUAAACUUCAGACUUUUCCCUUAAUAGUUGUGUGAAUUAAGUGCGGAUUGCAAGCUAUGUAAGUACAAAUGUUAGUUUUAUUAAGCUCAUAUUCAAACAUAUCACGUCUUUAAAUCGUAAAUUCUGUAUAGUUUCGAAGGAGGUUUUUAAAGAUCGAUCGUUGUGACAU